UGAGGGGCCCAAACAACCGUUUCCUCCUUUCCACAAAAGUUACAAAGAUCAAGUGCCGCCCACCUAAUUCCAGAAAGUCUGUGCCAGACUAUUAUCUCCAUGUGCCUUUACCUCUGUCAUUCAGCUUUACAUCAUAUGCUAAUGAUCUGAUGUGAACUAGAAAUAUUGUUCAAGUUAUCCAUUGUUGGUGGAAUACUCACUCUGUAAAUGAAAGGUUGUUUUGUAAGCAGAUCCGUUGUUAAUGGAAAUUGUGUAUGGAAUCUCUAGGAGAAUCCAUUGUUAAUGGAAGCUGUGUAAGGAAAAUGUUGAAGAUUCCACGACGAAUAAUGGCAGCAGGGGAGAAUGGCGAAGAAUCGAUGCCACACGCAAUGCCAGAUGAUGUGAUAGAGAUAAUUGUGGCCUUCCUUCCUAUCUCAGAUCUUCCCAGAGCGGCUCUCGUCUGCAAGCAAUAGCGUUAUUUCAUCGCAACUAGUCCCAUUCGUAGAGGGAUCUCUCAUUCCAUUCACAAAUGCAAACCUUGGCUAUUUCUCUUCGGAGCCAAGAAAAGACGAGGUCUGGGGUUCGAUCCCGUGGCCCACAGGUGGAUCCGUCUGCCGCCGUUCAGCCUAAAUCCCGACGAACAAGAUGUAAUCUUUAUGGAAGGCGAUGGAUUUAUAUUUUUCUUUUCAGGCAAUCGUUUUAAAUUCAUGGACAGUUUCUUAAAUCCGCGGAAAUGGCAAGAGAGGGCUGCAGCUAUGCAGGUGUGGCGACAGAACCCGCUCAUUUGCCACGAUCGAGGAAAAUUAAUUAUGAUUGGGGGAGUUCAUGAGUUGGAAGAAAAUCCAUUGAGCGUGGAGAUGCUUGACCUGAAAUCAGGGGAGUGCGCAAUGUGCGAUCCAGUGCCAGGGGAAUUCAGACAAAGCGCUUCGUCCACCUGGCUUUCUUCGGCCGUCUUCAAUGGCAAAAUUUAUGUAUUGGAAAAAUGGAAUGGAGAUUUCUGUUGUUAUGAGUUGCAGAGCAAGCGCUGGGGAAAUGUGAUGUGUGUGAGAUCGCUUGCGUCGUCUUCUUCUUUUCAAUGUAUUAAAAAUUUCUGUUUAGCGUGCAGGAUUGGAUUGAUUUUAGGGGGAUUAAUCAAGGAAAAUGGAGAUCUGAGUUUCCGGAUGUAUAUUGUGGAGGAGAAUAAGAUGGAGCGUAAAGAGGGCACGGAAUUACGAAUGCCUGCUGAAAUGCUGAAAUUGAUUGCAGGCAGAGAAAGGAGCGAGGAAGAAGAAGAGGAAUACUUAUCAUCAUAUGCAGAGCACAUCGAAUGCAGAGGCGCAGGGUAUCUGGUUUAUGUAUUCAGCAAAUCUGGGUACGUGAACAGAAGGCGCGUUUGCUUUGUUUGAUUUCAGCAGAGGCGUUUGGGAGAUGAUGGCGGUUUGUGCAUGGAUUGGCGAGAGAGGGUAUUAUUUGUUAGUUGUUCUGUUACGUUUGAGGAGACAUCGCUGUUUUUUUUCAGAAGAGAGCCGCUAAACGAAACAAUUCUUUGGAGAUUUUUCCUUCUCUCUGAAUAUUUUUUAUUGUAGUCGGAUGAAUAACAGAUCGUCAUCUUUUUCUUUUCUUUUAAUUCCAAAUUAUUGGUGAAGUUUCAAAUUUCUGCCGAUUUGAUGUAAGACAUGAACGUCAUGAGUCGUUCUGAAAAUUCUAAUAUAUAUGUUUGUACAAUUAAUAGCUUCAA